AUAUUAUAUAUAUACAUAUAUCUAUAUAUAAUACAAGUGAAGCUGCCACAUAACAGUCUAUAAGCCACACGCAGAGGCAACGCAGCAGCGGCAGCUUCUGUGUCCCAGAAAUCCUGCAACCAAAUGAAGUUCUUUGCUUUCUCCAAGAUGUCCAAAUAUUCGGGCAAAAAAUGCCGCCUCCUCUCGAUGAUGUGGCUGACGGCCUUCUUCUUCUUUGUGGAAAUCAUAGUCGGCUAUGUGACCAACUCGAUGGCCCUCGUCGCGGACAGCUUUCACAUGCUGGGCGAUAUAGCCGCCCUGGUCAUAUCAUUCCUCUCAGUUAAGAUGUCACCCAAAAAAUGGUCUAAGAACACAUUCGGCUGGGCACGCGCCGAGGUUCUGGGCGCUCUGGUCAAUGCUGUGUUUCUGGUCGCGCUCUGCUUCAGCAUCACAAUUGAGGCUUGCAAAAGAUUCAUCGAGCAGGAGCCCAUACAUAAACCUGAGCUGCUGCUUAUUGUGGGCAUACUGGGUCUGCUGGUCAAUAUGAUUGGCCUCUGUCUCCUAUAUGAGCACGGCGGUCAUCAUGGACACUCGCAUGGCGGUGGUCUGACGCGCAAUCACAGCCGCCUCACGGAGCUGGCCAACAUGGACGAGGGCGAGGAUGAGCAAAACGAUUAUGCCUAUGAGAAGCAGAAGGAGAAGCAGGUGAAGAAGUCCAGUCACGGUCACAGCCAUGAUCCCGGCCAGAUGAACAUGCGUGGCGCCUUUCUGCACGUGCUCAGCGAUGCUCUGGGCAGCGUCAUUGUCGUGGUCAGCGCGUUGGUCGUCUGGAAGAGCGACUGGCAGUAUCGCUUGUACAUUGAUCCGGCUCUGUCUAUUGUGCUGGUAGCACUCAUCUUGCACUCUGUGUGGCCGCUGUUGCGUGAAUCUGCGCUUAUUCUGCUGCAAACGGUGCCCACGCACAUUCAGGUGGAUGCCAUACAGAAGCGUCUCCUGGAGAAGGUCGACGGCGUGCUGGCCGUGCACGAGUUUCAUGUCUGGCAAUUGGCCGGCGAUCGCAUCAUCGCCUCCGCGCACAUACGUUGUCGCAACUUGUCGGAGUAUAUGAAGAUAGCCGAGAAGGUCAAGGAGUUCUUCCACAAUGAGGGCAUACACUCGACUACCAUACAGCCGGAGUUCAGUGAGAUUGAGGGCUGCAAUAUGUCCGAUGGCACCUCGAGCAUUAACAUGAGCGGCUCCGAUUGCUGUGCCCUCGACUGCCCCACCACGGACGAGGGCUGCGUGAAGGCCACCUGCUGCCAAAACAACAACAAAUUGAAUCAACUGCCCUCGCCGACCAAUUCGCCGUACAUGUGCCGCCAACGCAAUGCGGCACGCCAGGCUGGCGAUGUUGAGGCCGGCUCGCUGCUAGAAGCCGCCGCCGCCGCCGCCAGUGGCAACCAAGCGAUAAGCAAUGGCAGCGCUGUCACAGGAUCUGCGGAGCCAACGCCAAAGAAUGAAAUAGUCUGACAACAGCAACAGCAGCGGCAGCCAGCACAACAACAUCAAGUACACUUUGCCACAAGCCCAACCACAUCCACACGUGAUAUAUUUUACGAGCCAAACAGUCAAGCAACUUCCAGAGUCAUCGCGGCCAGCGAUGCCAGUCCAAGUCUCUCGCUAACCGCACAACGACGCCGCGAACUGCAGCUGCGCGCCGAGCAGCAUUGCCAUGAGCAGGUGAAGCUCAGCGGCGGCGCCUGCACGCGCAACGGGGAUGAGGUGGCGCUUUAAACCUGAAAAGGAGGACGGAGACUGUCGUGUUGGGCUUUUUUCUUAUAUAUAUAUAACACGCAUUCUUCUUGGCAACUUAAACUGUUCUUUAGUAGAAUUUACAUAUAGGGCCAUUAGAUUUGAGGCGUGGCCAAGUGCAGGUUCUGAGCGAUGUUGUUAUUGCGCGAGUCUAGUUUAAAACAAAAUAUCGAGCGUGUCUGUGUUUUUGUGAAGCCCCACCCACCCCACCACUGCACAGACACAACCCACACAGCGUAUUUCAUUUGAUUUUCUGUGCUAGCUUAAUUCAAUUCAAAAAAUCUUUAGACUUAGAGCCGCGAAAAACAUGCAGUUGAAAUGUCAUUCGUAUAAUAAAUGAUUAUAUGGGAUGUUGAUAGCGUUAACAAGAAAAACAAAAAACAUAUAUAAUAACACAAAAAAUAGUUAAUUUUAGCAUUAAGUCCAAAGCAACAUUAACAACAAUUAAGCAUAUGUACGUUUUUUACAUUUUGAAGAAGUUUAUACAUGAAACGAAAACAACAAAAUAUAUAUUGUAUUUAGUAGUUAUAUAUAUAUAGUUAAUGAUCAAAGACAGUGGCCGUUGGGCGCGUUUAGUGCGAAUGUUUAGCGAAAAGUUGAUAGAAUUACAAAUACCUAGUGUAUUAUCAUAUGCAAAUUCGAUGAAAGGAAAAUAAAAUAAAACAAAAA